CUGGGCCCUCAGUGCCCAUGGCUGACCUUCGAACUGGCCCAUGGGCCCCCUCAGACGCCAGCUCCAUGAAAACCCCCAUGGCCUGCCUGGCCCACCUCAGAGCCAGCCCCCAUGCAGAAACUCCCCAAUGGCCUGCCUGGGCCCUUU